AUGCCGCCCAGCGAGUAUGCAGCCUGCUCAGUCUUCAUCGCGGCGCGGGUUGCCCUCCAGCUGCGGAGCUCGGGCCGCUCACCGCGCGGCCCCUUCCUGCAGAGCGCGGGCCCCAGGCCGCUCGCUCACCGCGUGGCCUCCCUUCCUGCAGAGCGCGGGCUCCAGGCCGCUCGCUCACCGCGUGGCCUCCCUUCCUGCAGAGCGUGGCCCCCCUUCCUGCAGAGCGCGGGCUCCAGGCCGCUCACCGCGUGGCCCCCCUUCCUGCAGAGCGCGGGCCCCAGGCCGCUCACCGCGCGGCCCCUUCCUGCAGAGCGCGGGCCCCAGGCCGCUCGCUCACCGCGUGGCCUCCCUUCCUGCAGAGCGUGGCCCCCCUUCCUGCAGAGCGCGGGCCCCAGGCCGCUCACCGCGUGGCCCCCCUUCCUGCAGAGCGCGGGCCCCAGGCCGCUCACCGCGCGGCCCCUUCCUGCAGAGCGCGGGCCCCAGGCCGCUCGCUCACCGCGUGGCCUCCCUUCCUGCAGAGCGUGGCCCCCCUUCCUGCAGAGCGCGGGCUCCAGGCCGCUCACCGCGCGGCCCCUUCCUGCAGAGCGCGGGCCCCAGGCCGCUCGCUCACCGCGUGGCCUCCCUUCCUGCAGAGCGUGGCCCCCCUUCCUGCAGAGCGCGGGCUCCAGGCCGCUCACCGCGCGGCCCCUUCCUGCAGAGCGCGGGCCCCAGGCCGCUCACCGCGUGGCCCCCCUUCCUGCAGAGCGCGGGCCCCAGGCCGCUCGCUCACCGCGUGGCCCCCCUUCCUGCAGAGCGCGGGCUCCAGGCCGCUCGCUCACCGCGUGGCCCCCCUUCCUGCAGAGCGCGGGCCCCAGGCCGCUCGCUCACCGCGCGGCCCCCUUCCUGCAGAGCGCGGGCCCCAGGCCGCUCACCGCGUGGCCCCCCUUCCUGCAGAGCGCGGGCCCCAGGCCGCUCGCUCACCGCGUGGCCCCCCUUCCUGCAGAGCGCGGGCUCCAGGCCGCUCGCUCAUCGCGUGGCCCCCCUUCCUGCAGAGCGCGGGCCCCAGGCCGCUCGCUCACCGCGCGGCCCCCUUCCUGCAGAGCGCGGGCUCCAGGCCGCUCGCUCACCGCGUGGCCCCCCUUCCUGCAGAGCGCGGGCCCCAGGCCGCUCACCGCGUGGCCCCCCUUCCUGCAGAGCGCGGGCCCCAGGCCGCUCACCGCGCGGCCCCUUCCUGCAGAGCGCGGGCCCCAGGCCGCUCGCUCACCGCGUGGCCUCCCUUCCUGCAGAGCGUGGCCCCCCUUCCUGCAGAGCGCGGGCUCCAGGCCGCUCACCGCGCGGCCCCUUCCUGCAGAGCGCGGGCCCCAGGCCGCUCGCUCACCGCGUGGCCUCCCUUCCUGCAGAGCGUGGCCCCCCUUCCUGCAGAGCGCGGGCUCCAGGCCGCUCACCGCGCGGCCCCUUCCUGCAGAGCGCGGGCCCCAGGCCGCUCACCGCGUGGCCCCCCUUCCUGCAGAGCGCGGGCCCCAGGCCGCUCGCUCACCGCGUGGCCCCCCUUCCUGCAGAGCGCGGGCUCCAGGCCGCUCGCUCACCGCGUGGCCCCCCUUCCUGCAGAGCGCGGGCCCCAGGCCGCUCGCUCACCGCGCGGCCCCCUUCCUGCAGAGCGCGGGCCCCAGGCCGCUCACCGCGUGGCCCCCCUUCCUGCAGAGCGCGGGCCCCAGGCCGCUCGCUCACCGCGUGGCCCCCCUUCCUGCAGAGCGCGGGCUCCAGGCCGCUCGCUCAUCGCGUGGCCCCCCUUCCUGCAGAGCGCGGGCCCCAGGCCGCUCGCUCACCGCGCGGCCCCCUUCCUGCAGAGCGCGGGCUCCAGGCCGCUCGCUCACCGCGUGGCCCCCCUUCCUGCAGAGCGCGGGCCCCAGGCCGCUCACCGCGUGGCCCCCCUUCCUGCAGAGCGCGGGCCCCAGGCCGCUCACCGCGCGGCCCCUUCCUGCAGAGCGCGGGCCCCAGGCCGCUCGCUCACCGCGUGGCCUCCCUUCCUGCAGAGCGUGGCCCCCCUUCCUGCAGAGCGCGGGCUCCAGGCCGCUCACCGCGCGGCCCCUUCCUGCAGAGCGCGGGCCCCAGGCCGCUCGCUCACCGCGUGGCCUCCCUUCCUGCAGAGCGUGGCCCCCCUUCCUGCAGAGCGCGGGCUCCAGGCCGCUCACCGCGCGGCCCCUUCCUGCAGAGCGCGGGCCCCAGGCCGCUCACCGCGUGGCCCCCCUUCCUGCAGAGCGCGGGCCCCAGGCCGCUCGCUCACCGCGUGGCCCCCCUUCCUGCAGAGCGCGGGCUCCAGGCCGCUCGCUCACCGCGUGGCCCCCCUUCCUGCAGAGCGCGGGCCCCAGGCCGCUCGCUCACCGCGCGGCCCCCUUCCUGCAGAGCGCGGGCCCCAGGCCGCUCACCGCGUGGCCCCCCUUCCUGCAGAGCGCGGGCCCCAGGCCGCUCGCUCACCGCGUGGCCCCCCUUCCUGCAGAGCGCGGGCUCCAGGCCGCUCACCGCGCGGCCCCCCUUCCUGCAGAGCGCGGGCCCCAGGCCGCUCGCUCACCGCGUGGCCUCCCUUCCUGCAGAGCGUGGCCCCCCUUCCUGCAGAGCGCGGGCCCCAGGCCGCUCGCUCACCGCGUGGCCCCCCUUCCUGCAGAGCGCGGGCUCCAGGCCGCGGGCCUCCGUAGCCGCAGCUCCUGGGCUCUGGAGCCCAGGCUCCAUAGCUGUGCCGCGGUGGCUUAG